AUGUCGGCAUCCAACGCGAAGGUUCUUUCGACGGGCCCCUUGGCCGAUGCCAAAGCCAAAUGGAUGCGGCUUCUUGAGAUUAAAUACCAAGAUCCUAAUGGCGUCGAGAGGACCUGGGAGUCCGCCGAGCGUCAAACUCGCCCCAAGGGCUGCGAUAUCGAUGGCGUAGGCAUCGUGGCAAUCCUCGAGAAGCCGACAGGCCCAGAGAUUGUGCUGCAGAAACAGUACCGUCCCCCUACGGACAAGAUUGUGAUCGAGGUCCCUGCUGGCUUGAUGGACGCGGGCGAGACGCCGGAAGAAUGUGCCAUUCGCGAGUUGCGGGAGGAGACUGGGUAUGUCGGGAAAGCAACCGAGACAUCCCCCGUCAUGUUCAAUGACCCGGGGUUCUGCAACACCAAUCUCCGUAUGGUCCACGUCAGCAUCGACAUGAGCCUACCCGAGAACCAAGACCCCAGGCCGCAGCUGGAGGAGAGCGAGUUCAUCGAGGUUUUCCACGUCCCGCUCUCGAGCCUCUGGGACGAGUGCAAGAAGCUGGAAGCCCAAGGGUUCGCCAUCGACGCGCGCGUCGGGACGUUUGCAGAGGGCAUUGAGGUGGCGAAGCGCUUCCGCUUAUCAUAA